AGUGUGAUGUUUGAUUCUGCAGCCUCCAGUUCGUCGUUUUUUACCAUCUCCAUCGACAAAAUGUGGCUCGAUCUACCGCAGGGGAAAUAACCGAAUAUGUGGAUACCUACAGAAGAGGAGAAAAUCGGAGUUGUGAUCUGCAACUUCCGGUCAUCAGUAUGUCAGGCCCUGGUCCUGGAGAUCGGAGAAACAGUACAGAUUCUGGAGAAAAGUGAAGGUUGGUACAGAGGUUUUUCAACUAAGAAGCCUUCCGUCAAGGGUAUUUUUCCAGUCAGCUAUGUCCACUUGAAGAAAUCAACGGUGACCAACAGAGGGUUGUGUGAGACAGUGGUGCCCCUUGAGGACCCAAUCAUCACUGAGACCACUGCCACCCUGCAGGAAUGGGGUGUCCUGUGGAAACAGCUUUAUGUGAAACACAAGGUGGAUCUGUUCCACAAGCUUCGACAUGUCAUGAAUGAGCUUAUCGACCUGCGCCGGCAGCUGAUCCAGGGUCACCUGGCCCAAGACCAGACUCGUGAGAUCAAACGGCACAUUACAGUGCGGCUCGACUGGGGCAAUGAGCAUCUUGGCUUAGACCUCGUUCCCAGGAAAGAGUUUGAAAUGGUGGAUCCAGAUCAUAUCAGCGUAUCAGAGCUCUACAAACUGCAUGUAUCCAGCAGACACUGUGGUCAGCAAAGCACAAACCAGGGUGACAGCAUGAGACAGCGCCAUGGCGAUGGUUGCCGUGUCCCUGUGUCGCACCACCUCUUCAUCAACCUGAAGAGCUUUACUUACAACAGCAUCAGUGAGGACGCAGAUGUCUUCUUCUCUCUGUACGACACUCGCGAGGCCAAACAGAUCAGCGAGAAGUUCAUGGUGAAACUGAAAAACGGAGGACCAAAGAAUCCCGAGAAGGUUGAUCGUCUGUGCGCUCUCUUCACGGAUCUGAGCAGUAAAGACUUGAAGAGAGACCUGUACAUUAUUGCACACGUCAUAAGAACUGGUCGUAUGCUGCUCAACGACUCAAAAAAAGGCCCCCCCCACGUGCAGUACAGGCGACCUUACGGCUGUGCCGUUCUUGCCAUGAGUGACGUUUUCCACACCAUCACAGACCUCAAAGAGGAGAAGGACUUUGUGCUCAAAGUUUAUACAUGUAACAACGAGAAUGAAUGGUACCAGGUACACGAGAACAUCAUCCGCAAGUCCAACACCAAGUACUCAGCUCCAAGCACCAACUAUGGCCUCAUCAUUUCCCUGCAGCUGCUACGAGGUGAGCUGGACCAGAUCCGACGUGAGAACCAGGCUGUGUUCAACAGGGCCCUCGCACUCACACGCAAACUGGGUUUCCCAGAUGUCAUUCUGCCAGGUGACAUACGUAAUGACUUGUAUCUAACGCUGGAGCGGGGCGAGUUCGAGAGAGGCGGCAAGAGCGUCCAGAAGAAUAUUGAGGUCACUCUAUAUGUCCUUUACGCCGAUGGAGACACCCUCAAAGACUGCAUCAGUUUGGGCAGCGGUGAACCCAAUACCAGCGAAUAUCGUUCUUUUGUGCUUUACCACAAUAACAGUCCUCGCUGGAGCGAGAUGGUCAAGCUGCCCAUUCCCAUCGACCGCUUCAGAGGGUCCCACCUACGGUUUGAGUUCCGACACUGCUCCACUAAAGACAAAGGAGAGAAAAAGCUGUUCGGGUUUGCCUUCACUCCUUUAAUGAGAGAAGACGGGACCACGCUAUCAGAUGAGAGCCAUGAGCUGUAUGUGUACAAGUGUGAUGAGAACGCCACUUUCAGUAACCAGGGCCUGUACCUGAGUCUACCAUGCUGCAAAGAGGACUUCAACAGCUGUCCCAGCCUACCAGCCAACCUCCCCUUCCAGAGGAGCCCCAAAGAAACCUUCUGGGUCUCUACAAUAUUGUGCUCCACCAAACUCACACAAAAUGUGGACCUUCUAGCCCUUCUGAACUGGAAGGCCCAUCCAGACAGGGUGUUGGAUAUCCUGGGUCGACUGCGUCAGAUCAGCGGAGAGGAAAUUGUCAAGUUCUUGCGAGAUGUCCUGGACACACUCUUCUGUCUGUUAGAUGACAACACUGAUAAAUAUGGACCUCUGGUUUUCCAGUCACUGGUGUUCAUCAUUAACCUACUCAGGGACAGCCGGUUGUACCACUUCAGACCUGUCAUGGAUUCCUACAUACAAAAUCAUUUUGCUGGUGCUUUGGCUUACAAAGAGCUGAUUCGAUGUCUGAAGUGGUACAUGGACCGCUCGGCUGAGGUCGUCCGACAGGACCACAUCCAGGAAGCAAUGAGGGCUCUGGAGUACCUCUUCAAGUUCAUUGUCCAGUCUCGCAUCCUGUACUCUCGAGCCACCUGCGGGAUGGAGGAGGAGCAGUUCCGAGUGAGCAUCCAGGAGCUUUUCCAGUCAAUCCGCUUCGUCUUGAGCCUGGACAGCCGCAGCUCAGAAAACCUGGUGUUCACACAGGCGGCACUGCUGAACAGUUUCCCGGAUAUUUUUGAUGAGCUGCUGCAGAUGUUCACUGUUCAAGAAGUAGCUGAGUAUGUCAGGGGCACCCUAGGGAGCAUGCCCAGCACGGUGGACAUCGGCCAGUCCAUGGAUGUAGUCAAACUGCAGUCCAUUGCUCGUACUGUCGAGAGUCGCCUCUUCUUCUUUCCCGAGUCUCGGAGUAUCUUACUACCAGUUGUUCUGCAUCACAUCCAUCUGCAUCUGCGCCAGCAGAGAGAGCUGCUCAUCUGCUCUGGAAUCUUGAGCAGCAUAUUUUCAAUCAUAAAGACAAGCUCCAUGGAGUCUUCGGUGCAGGAGGAGGUGGAGAUGAUGGUGGAAAGUCUCCUGGAUGUGCUUCUGCAGACUUUGCUGUCCAUCAUGAGCAAAUCUCACUCUGUAGAGACAUCCAGAGGACAACGCUGCCCCCAGUGCACUGCAGAAAUCACUGGGGAGUAUGUUUCCUGUCUCCUGUCUCUGCUCCGACAGAUGACAGAGAUUCACUUUCACCAUCUACUCAAUAACUUCCACAGCAAGGAGGAGCUGAAGGAGUUCCUGCUGAAGAUCUUCUGCGUAUUCCGCAAUCUGAUGAAGUUGACUAUCUUCCCUCGAGACUGGAGUGUCAUGAGGCUUCUAACAAGUCAUAUCAUCGUAGUGACAACACAGUUUCUGUCUCCGGCACUGCACAAGAACUUCUCGGAGGCUGAUUUUGAUUUCAAGGUGUGGAACUCCUUUUUCAGCCUUACUGUUCUGUACAUCAACCAGCCCAGUUUGCAGCUGGAGGCACUUGGACCAGCAAAGAGAAAAAAAGUGCUCGACAAGUAUGGAGAUAUGAGAGUGAUAAUGGCAUAUGAGCUCUUCAGCAUGUGGCAGAAGUUAGGUGACAACAAGCCCCACUUCAUCCCAGGAAUGAUGGGGCCUUUCUUGGGUGUCACCCUGGUGCCGCAGACAGAAGUUCGGAAUAUUAUGAUCCCAAUUUUCCAUGACAUGAUGGAUUGGGAGCAGAGGAAAAAUGGCAACUUCAAACAGGUGGAAGCAGAGCUGAUGGACAAGUUGGACAGCAUGGUGUCAGAUGGGAAAGGCGACGACAAUCACAGAGAGCUCUUCAGCCUGUUGACCCAGCUGUUCGGUCCAUAUCCGAGCCUCCUGGAGAAAAUAGAGCAAGAGACCUGGAGAGAGACGGGUAUCUCAUUUGUCACAUCGGUUACCAGACUUGUUGAGCGAUUAUUGGAUUACAGGGACUGCAUGAAAGGAGACGAGAUGGAGAAUAAGAAAGUCGGCGGCUCUGUCAACCUCAUGAACUUCUACAAAUCAGAAGUUAACAAGGAGGACAUGUACAUCCGUUACAUCCACAAACUCUGUGACCUUCAUCUCCAAGCAGAGGACUUCACAGAGGCAGCGUUCACCUUGCUGCUGUACUGGGAGCUGCUGCAGUGGGAGGACUGGCCCCUCAGGGAUUUCCUCCACUACCCGUGUCAGAGUGAGUGGCAGCGCAAGGAAAACCUGAGUCGCAAAAUCCUGCACUACUUCAACAAGGGCAAGUGCUGGGAAUAUGGAAUUUCCCUGUGCCGGGAGCUGGCUUUCCAGUAUGAGACUUUAUAUGAUUAUCAAAGCCUCAGCUGGAUCAGAAAAAUGGAGGCAGCUUACUACGACAACAUCAUUGAACAGCAAAGGAUUGAACCAGAAUUUUUCCGAAUGGGCUUCUAUGGAAGGAAAUUUCCUUUCUUCCUCAGGAACAAGGAGUUUGUGUGCCGUGGUUAUGACUACGAGCGGCUUGAGGACUUCCAGCAGAGGAUGCUGGGCGAAUUCCCCCAAGCCAUCGCCAUGCAGCAUCCCAACCAACCUGAUGACACCAUUCUGCAGAGCGACGCUCAGUAUUUGCAGAUCUAUGCGGUAACUCCAGUGUCUGACAUCUCUGAUGUGCCACAGCUGGAGCGGGUGCCCGAGAGGAUCAAAAGUUUCUACCGCAUAAACAAUGUCAGCCGCUUCCACUAUGACAGGCCUUUCCACAAGGGGCCCAAAGACCGAGAGAAUGAGUUCAGGAGUUUGUGGAUCGAAAGAACAACCCUGAUCCUCUCCCGCCCUCUCCCUGGGAUCUCCCGCUGGGCGGAAGUGGAGAGGAGAGAAGUGAUGGAGGUGAGUCCUCUGGAGAAUGCCAUUUAUGUGGUGGAGAAUAAGACCCAGGAGCUCCGGACUCUAAUCAGCCAGUACCAACAUAGGCAACAUCACGGGAACAUCAACCCGCUCAGCAUGUGCCUCAACGGGGUCAUAGAUGCUGCCGUGAACGGAGGCAUCUCCAGAUACCAGGAGGCAUUCUUUGAUAAGGACUAUAUCAGCGGCCACCCCGAAGACACAGAGAGGGUCACACAGCUGAAGGAUCUGAUGCAGGAACAGGUCCAUAUUCUUGGAGUAGGUCUGGCUGUUCAUGAGAAGCUGGUGCAUCCAGAAAUGCGCCCAUUGCACAAAAAACUAGUGGACCAGUUCCACAUGAUGAGGACAGGUUUACACCAUGGUGUCCCAGGUGUGGAUCGAUUUGGCCCCACAGGCUGUCCAGGGGUCAACUCUCCCAGAGGUAUCCUUUCAUCCCACAGCCACAUGAGCCCUGAGAGUGUUCGCCUCAUACACAGACACAGCCCUCUCAACCUGCAGGGUUCAAUCCGUCAUUCGUCCUCCUCGCUGUCUUCGCACACCUCCAGUGAGGCAGGUAACCUCAUCAUAACAACUGAUGGCAUGAUAGGAGAGCACCCUGAGGAGGGGAUACACAUGCAGCCAAGCCCCUCAUCUUCCAGCUUGAGCUCCAUCCGUUCCAACUCCUCACAGAUCAUCAACUCUGCUCCCUCGAGUGCCAGAGGAUCUCCCUCCUUGCCUGAUAAGGCAAAACAUAACCGGGAAGUGAUGAUAUUGUUGCCGCCUCAUCGUGAGAGGGUCAACAACUCCAUAUACUACAACAUGGCUGAGAAUGGACAGAACAACCACAUGCAGCGUGCCUUACUUCAGCAAGUUAGCUCCUGUAAACCGUGUGCUGAUCCUCACAUGAAUCUACCAGAGAAAGUGUUUCCAAAUGCUCCCAGCAGCUGGAGUCUGGAGGCAGAGAACAGGGAGCCCAUGUCUUACAUCCCAGCUUCUGCUGCAGGAGUAAUCAUGCCCCCUAUCCCACCCAGGUCCUUCCCACCAGGACACUUCCUGAUGCACUGUGAUGCGUUUCAUCACCAGAACAGUGACCCACCCCCUCCCUUACCUGUCCGCUCACUACGAAAGUCUCCUCUCCAUCCAAUCCCUGGUUCACCCACCAGUCCCCAGUCUGCUUUGGGUGGCAGUAACUCCACUUUGUCAGGCAGCGCCAGCAGCGGCGUUUCCUCUCUGAGUGAGAGCAACUUCGGAGGCCAGUAUCCAGAUCCGGGUCCCAUCAGGAACGACGCCUUAGAACCUCUUCCCAGUCACCUGUGGUCUCCUCCUGAUGAGUAUCUUGCCUCUUCCUAUCUUCACAUCCACUACAGUGGAUCCGAAAUUGACUCAGUGGAUCCGGUGCGACCCUUCCACUACCGCAGCCCGGCCUCACACCCACACACACACCCGCAUCAUCACACUCACACCCACCCUGGGCUUGAUAGUCACUCCCAUAAUGCCCCGCCCCCACCUCCUCCUCAUCACCACGCACCCACACACGGCCCUCACCACAUUCACUUCCGUAGGUCACAACCCCCUGCUGUGCCGCCCAAACCCUACCUGAGAGAGGGCUGCAUCCCUGAGGAGGAGCUUCCGCCUCAGCCUAUCCCGCUGCCCCGGAGAAUCUUCCACUCGCCCCACAGCCACAGGGAGGAGCAGGGGAAGCAUGCCUGGGAGCAGUGCAUCAGCGAAGAGCAUGAGGAGACGCAGUGAUGAGCGGUCACCAACUCUUUAGUCCGAGCUUUCUUCUUCCUGUCGUCUUCCCUUCAUUUGCACCAAGUAGCAGAGAAGGUGGGGCACCCGCUUUCUCUCUUUUUGGUGCAAAUGCAGGAAAUGAAAGAAAAAGAGAACCGCAACACAACUACAGUAUGAGGCACAACAGCCGUCACUGCUCCUCGUGGCCUCCAAAAGAAUGCUAUCUGUUGAACAAUGUGGCCGAUAACAACUUUGUUUAAAAAUUAGUAUUGAUUGUACGCAAUUGUACAACUUGUCUGUGAGCAUGUUUUUUCACUUGAGAAUAAUACCACCGCUGUUUUGUGAAAUAUGACAACCAUCAUUAGCCCAGGCGCAUCGCGCGCCCCGAUGUCCUUUAACUUUGCUUGGUCAUUUUCACAAACGCAGGUUAUAUUGACAGUGCAGUGGCUCCUGUGCUUUAAAUGCUUCAUAUCUAUAUUAGUUCAUAUUUUGAUAAAUUUGCUACAUUAUAGUGUUUUCAAAGGCUAUAUCCAUUCCGUUUUUCAAAACACUGUUAAGUGCUCCUUAAUAGUGCAUCAUAUCAAAUGGCGCAAUCGAGCCCGUGCUGGGCUGUUAUGGCAGGACACCUGUCCGCUUGGACCGCCGUUUAAAAGGACAUGGACAUGAGUUAAAGACACUUUCUUAUCCACCCCAUGCGUAUGGAGACCUACGUGAAUGUAUUCAGAUAAGAUGUUCUAUUUGUAUUGCACAAGUUGCAAUCUGUUUUUGUUGAAGUGGUUUCAGUUGGGUCUUUGUUGAUGUCUCUUUUGUGUGACAAGGUGUCUCUCUGAGCGUCAUGGAUGGAAACAGACCAGCCUGUAACAGUCAGAUUGUGUAAAAGGGAUGAAUGGAUGGAUGGCUCCACCACCACCACCUGUUGGACUCUUUAAAACAAAAAAACGAAAUAACGCCAUUCUCUCUUUCCCAUUUUAAUGGUUGUCACACCAUGUCAAGUGGUGAUGGCUGAGCUGGGACAGCUGCAGUGCCAUUGCUUGUGUCUGAUGACACUGUCUGGCUCCGUGUCCGCUCAAGAAGGUCACUUGGAUAUCGUUGGAAUUGCCUAUACCUGCCUUAAGUGCACUCAAAUGCAGUUUGAACACUCAUCCGGACUGCAAGAAGGUCAUUUGGUGACAGCAGUUCUCCUUUUCAUUCACUUUGGGGGGGGGGGGGUCUACCCGAUGUAGUUUCUGUACGGUUUCAUCCCACUUUGGCUCAGAUCGCUGUUUCGUUUGUGCCCCUAUAUUCCUCACUCUGCCUGCAGCUCUAUCUCAUUCUUGGUCUGUUGUCUGAAAACUAAUGAUACCUUUCAGAAGGCUUUGUGCAAGAGAGAGUUUGGAGCAGCAGAAGAUCAGUGCAGUUUGAAGUGGGGUUGGAAGGAUAUAGCUAAUAUUUUAACACUUACUUGUUUUCCUGGUUGUUUUUUUUUUUCUCCAGAUGGUUGCUUUGGGUUAUUGUACAUCAAGUUGAUCUAUUUUUGUAUGCGAGAUCAUUAGUUGGAAUGUUUUGGGAACCAAGAGAGAAGGCCCAGGUAUUGUACAGGCAGCUGUACUUCAUAUGGAUGAUUCGAUGUAUGAAGUAUGCGAGUAUCUAUUGUGAUAGCACUGACGAUAAAUGGUGAGUGAAGUGAUACUCAGUCUAUAGGUACAAUAGAAUUUUUCAAUGUAAAUUCUGUUAUUGUACAUACAGCAGUAUUGUGAAAUAUUUUUGAGAAUUAUCGCAGAUGCCCCAAAAGGUUUAUUGUUUUUUUUGUAUAUACUCGUACAAGUACUCCAGAGGUCAAUGUAACUGAUAAUUAUCUAUAAUCAGUGUUUGAAGAAGGACAAAUCCAUUAGACUGUGGCUGUCUGCACCAUUCUUGACUUUGAGUCUUCUCAUAUAAAUACUUUAUACACUUUUCAGUGUGCUUUCCUGUACAUAUGGUGUUAGCAUGAACAAACAGUGUUUGGUUGUAAAAGUGGUUUUCCUACUCCCAUAACUGCCGUGGUAUGGAACUCAUUAAUGAUGCCAAACAUUAAAGACAAUCUUUUAUCAGC